GAGGAAUUCUCAGAAUCCUCCAGAAUGAGAGGGUCUCAAAUGGUUGCGAAUUCUGUGACUUUCCAAGUCAGUGUCGGUAUCCUGCCAAUUCGCACCCUCUUGGGAGUGAAGAGGCAACACUACUUUUCCCGACUGCUCCUAUGAGCGACCGAUUACCCGAGUCAGAAACGCAGACCACUGGGGUCAAAGGAAAAGGUGCUGGCACGUCAAAAUCCAACGAGAACGUUGACUUUGGCCAAAUCGUGGAGAACAUUCAUUCCGAUACAACGUCAGAGGCGUCGAGGUCAGAGAACCUCCGCAAUAUCAAACAGCAAAACAAAGGUGUGUCGCGCGGGAAGAAAAAGCGUUCUGGGAAAACACCGACGCCUUCAUUGAGUGAAGAACUGGCUGAGGAAGAGAAAAGGUUGCGCGAGCUGAUCGGACCGGGCUUGUGGUCGUGCUUAGAAGAUGUUGGUUUGGACAAUACAUUGACCGGGUGA